CUUUGGAUUUCAUUAAUAAUCGCGCGAGACUUCGCGAGAAGUCAACAAGAAGCAAUUUUACUUAAAUAAUUAAGUAUAACAUCAAAAUGCCUGAACGACCAGAGUUUGAGAGGAUGGAGAGUUUCUCCAAUCCAAUUGCACCACCAGAGGAGAUGGAUGAUGAAAUGGAAGGAGAGGAUCAUCAGCCACUCAGCAAUGCAGACUUCAGGAAGAUGUUGAUGACUCCCAGAGCACCAAAGUCGGGUGAAUCUCAUUCAAAACCAAUGCCAAGCAGUUUAAGAAAGAACAGUGAUGCUAAUAUUGAAGAAGGGGAUGAUCCAGCAGAAAGAAGAAGGAAAAAGAAAAUUUAUUACGCAAAGCUUAAAAGACUCGAGGAAGAGAGACAGAAAGAGCUUGCCGAGAAAUAUCGUGAUCGUGCUCGCGAGAGACGUGAUGGUAACGAUGAUCAGGGAGAUACCAUCAGUACCACGGCAGAUUACAGGGCCGUGGCUCCAGAUGCCAAGUCUGUGGAGAAUCUUGCUGAACGUAGGAAACAGGUGAUUCAGGAGUCGAAAUAUCUCGGUGGUGAUAUGGAGCAUACUCAUUUAGUGAAAGGUCUGGACUAUGCGUUGUUGGAGAAAGUGCGGGCAGAAAUCUCAAGUAAAGAGCUUCAGGAAGAGCAGGAGAUGGAGAAAGCUGUCAGUCAAGAUACCAAAGAGAAAAAAGAAGAGGAGCCCGAAGAACAUAUUCAGUUUAAAACAAAGAUGGGACGAAAUAUCUACAAAACUCUGUUUAAAUCAAAGGACACAGGGCGUAAUGACCUAUUUAUUCAAGGUAGAAUGGCAUACGUUGUCGACCUAGAAGAUGAAUUUGCCGACUCCGACGUUCCAACGACCACAAUCAGAAGUAAAGCUGAUUGUCCAAGUUUAGAGGUAUCCACAACAUUGACAACAAAUGAUAUUGUCAUUAACAAACUGACACAGAUUCUCUCCUAUCUGAGACAAGGACGGAGGGAGAGCAAGAAAUUAAAGAAACUGAAAGGUAAAUUGAGGGAAGCAGAAAAGAUGCAGGGAAAGGUGCCCGGGGCAGAUGACAAUAUAUAUUCCGACCUAACAGACUAUGUACCGUCAGUUGGUAAAUCUAAAGAUAAGAAGGAUCGUGGUAAAGAACGUGAUCGUGAUGACAGAGAUCGUCGUGAUAAUAGAGACAGGGACAGGGACCGUAGAGACAAAGAUAGAGAACGUGAUCGAGACCGUCGUGAUCGUGACAGAGACAGGGAUCGUGGAAGGUCAGACAGAGGUCGUGAUGACAGGGGGGAUCGCAAAAGAAAAUCAUACUUUGAAAAACCGGCUGAGGAGGAUGAGGACAGAAGCAGGCCAAAUGCCAAUGUGAAAGAGCUGGUGAAGACUGUCACAGACAGGUACAGGGGAUUUGCUGAAAUGGAGGAGGAAAAAGAAAGAAAAGCUGCUACAAAGGAAAAAGAAAGAAUACAGAAAUUGAAACAAAAGACAGAAAUAGACAGUUAUGCUGAAUGCUACCCAGGUAUGGAAGAAGCAGCAGAUGCAGUAGAUGACUCGGACGAUGAGGUUGAUUAUACAAAAAUGGACCAGGGCAACAAGAAAGGUCCAGUUGGCCGAUGGGACUUCGAUACACAAGAAGAAUACAGCGACUAUAUGGCUAAUAAGGAAGCAUUGCCUAAGGCAGCUUUCCAGUAUGGUGUAAAGAUGUCAGAUGGGCGUAAAACUAGAAGGGCUGGUCCUAAAGACGAGAAGGCGGAGUUUGAUAGACAAUGGCAGCAAAUUCAAAACAUUAUGAAUAAGAGAAAAGGCGAUGAUUACAGAGGUGAUGACAGAAAGAAAUCCAAAUACUGAGAAUAGUGUUUAAUUUUGUGUUUAAUUCUGUGUUUAAUAAUGUUUAAAGGUGACAUUUUUGAAGGAGCAGUGUUUACUCAUGUUGUGUCCCAUGUGUAUAGUUUUGGAAACAUUAAAGCAGCAUGACUCCAGAUUUGUGUUAAUUUUUGUGAAAAAUGAACAUUUUUUCUACUGAGUAAAAAUGUUAUCAGAUGUACUAAUUAGAGUAUGUAACAAAGGCACUUUGUAUCUUACAACUUGCCAUGGUUGGAUGUAAUACAAUCAUGAAAAAUUUGUUAUUUUUUUCCACAAUGCAUUACACAAUAAAACAGUGAUGUUUAAAUCAAAGUUAUUUCGUUUAUUAUUUCAAGAAAAAAAGCAGUGUAUGAAUAAAAAAUAACAGUGUUUAAAUUCGAAAAAAGCAGUGUUUAAAUUAAAAAUGUUUGUCUCCCUUAUAAUGUAUUUGUCUUAAAUAUUUUGAAACUUGGUAAACUUUGAAUACUAGAGAUUUAUUGGUUAGGAAACAAGAUAAAAUAUGUUGGGUAUUCAAAAAAUAAACUUUGAUCACUUUGGGUUUAUGUGUUAGGAAAGAAAAUGAAAAUAUGUUGGCUAUGGAAAAUUUAUAAACUUUGACUGCUGGAGAUUAAUGUGUUAGGAAACAAAAAAAUAUGUUGGAUAUCGAAACAAAAUGAAAUUAUGUUUUGGUAUGGAAAUAAUAAACUGGAGCACUGAUGAUUUAUGUGUUAGGAAGAAAAUAAUAUAUUGGGUAUGGAAAUAAUUUACUUGGAACACUGGAAGUUAAAGUGUGUAAAAGGAAGUAAUUGACAGUGCAUGGAAAUCACUUCAGGUUGAAAGUAAUGAAAUUUGAAAAAUAGAAAUAAAUUAUGAAAAAUG